AUGGAUGUAGAAUCCGACGCCUUCGAGGUCGAGUCGCCAUCGACAGCCACGAAGACCAGGCUGUGGGCUUCGCUGCCAGCUGAAGUACGCCAAAUGAUACUGAAGUUUGUGUGCUUGCCUGAUUCAGGGGGGCAAUGCAACGGCAUGAGCUACCCAACGGUGGCCCAAUAUGCUUCGGUGUGCCUUGAAUGGCAGAUCUUCUUCGAGGCCCGUACAUUCCGUCGUCUUGUUCUGAAUCCCGAAUCUGUCGAAGAGUUUGACGCAGUCGUCAGACGAGAUGACGUUCGUUUGGCGUAUAUCCAAAAGCUCUGGCUUCGAGUUGAGCUUUCAGAGUACGAGUGCCCCAAAUGUGAUGAACCAGAGGAUGUGGCAACACAGCGAGACAACAACAUGAUCUUCUCAACGUGUAUUCAGACCCUAUUAGGAACUCUCAAACGUUGGGAUCCCGCGAGACACGGAGCUCAGGGAGUAGAACUGAUGUUGUCCGCUUCCUCGCCCAGCGAUACCAAACAUCGUUUUACUCGAUGCGAAAUGAAAGACGACUAUCCAUUUCACUACGCCGAAGACCUCGACCUUGCGGGUAGUAUUAUUGACUAUCACCGGACGAAUAUGAGUGACCCGGUUAGCGGCCUUCUUCAUCUCAGCGGGCUUCCGCCAUUGAGCGGCGACCACAUCAACCGGGUUCAGGGAACUCCUCUCUAUUUGCAACCACAAAAUGGAGAGAAAGGCCGUUUCACCAAUCAAGCUAAGAGUCUUGCUGCCGUUCCCAUGGUCAAAGGUCUGGUUAUACGCAGACAAUUCUUCAGGGAAAUUCAUAUAAGGACGUUGUCCUGGCUAAUUGGCCGAAGCUUUGUGGCCUUGGAAUGGUUCCGCUUCGAGCGAACUAUUUCGCUAGAGCCUCAUUCGCAGCUUUAUUUUGAUCGAGAACGUCUUAGUCUGCGCUGUUCCCUCUCAACACCAGAAAGAAGCAGACGAGAAUUCGAAUCCCUGAUAAUCCUCGCGGCCGAAGCAGCCUUGUCACUUCCCAAACUGGAAAUCUUUGAGCUUUGGGGUAUCUGCCGCGCCAAAAAGGAAAGCCGCGCAUACGUCUUCCGGUACUGUUAUGAAGAUGGUCGGCCCAGGAUUACCUGGAGAAGCUCUGCAGAGGCUAUGGGAGCUCAGAGGCGGAUUAUCGCUCAGUGGGGUGAAGUGGCUGAGAAACAAUCGCAUUCAACUCUCGCGUACGACGUUGUCCCCUUCGAAGAAACAGCCGAAAAGAUUUUCAAGUCGCGCGGGACUUGCAUCUAUCGACAUCUGCUGCUCAAAGAUUUAGUGUUCGACCCAAUCACGCAGAAAAUCCUGGAGAACGAGCCUUAUGAUUGGAGGUUGGAUGAGGAGAGCGAUGCAUCGCAGCAGGGUGAUACCCCCAAUUCGAAUCUCACUCCGAAUUCUGCGAAUAGCGAUCUAUCGUUACUGCCAGCUGAGCUUGCGGCUUUUGAUAACGAAGUUACCGCCUUUCUCCAGCAUCAUCAAUGGUAG